CCGAAUUGAACAUGGUAUUGCAACUAAGUGGGGUGAUAUGGAGAAGAUGUGGUACCACACAUUCUACAAAGGGUUGCGAGUGGCAACAGAGAAACAUCCGGGGUUGUUGAGAGCAGUUUCAUUGAACCCGAAGGCAAACCAUGAGAUGACAAGGAUCAUGUUUGAGACUUUUAAUACACCAGGUACGUGUGCUGCUACUCAAACGGUGUUGUCACUAUGUACACUAUGUACAACUGGUAUAGUGUUGAACUUAGGUGACGGUGUGACCCACACAGUUCCGAUUUAUGAAGAUUAUGCGUUGCCUUAUACUGUUUUGCGAUUGGACUUUGCUGGUAGAGUUCUUGCCGACUUUAGGAUGAAGAUCCUGACUAAGACAGGUUGCAGUUCCUCUGUCUAUUCGUGGAACAUACUCAGGCGCAAACCACCGGACAUCGUUUUACUCUAUAGUAAGUCUAGAGUGGCACCUAUAAAACAGGCAACUGUGCCUAGACUGGAACUAACAGCGGCAGUAUUGAGUGCUAGAAUGGGGGAAGUUUUAAAUAAGAACCUUCCUCAUGUGUUUGACAAGACUCACUUCUCGAUGGAUUCUAUGAUAGCACUGUACUAUAUAAAAAAUACAGAUAGUAGGUAUUCCACCUUCGUGGCUAAUCAUCUGGCCGCUAUUCGUCAUUUAACAUCUGUGGACCAGUGGGGGCACGUAGAAUCCCAUGAAAAUCCUGCUGACUGGACAUCACGAGGCAUACGGAAGGAGCUAGAUUUAAAGAACUGGAUUGAGGGUCCUUCCUUCUUAUGGAAGAAAGAGUCUGUAGGAACACUGACGCUUAUGUGCGAAAACCCCCCGGAAAAUGUUGAAUUUAAAAGAUGCCACACGACCAACGCAGUUGCGCUAAAACAUAGCUCAAGUCCAAUUCUGCUAUAUCACUCAAAUUGGAUAAAGCUGAUUAAAGCGGUAGCAUGGCUCAGAAGAUACGUGAUCUAUGUAACCAUCAUGUACUCCCAUCACGAUGACAGGUCCCUAAGUGUGGGCUAUCUGUCAGUUGAUGAAUUGGAUGCAGCUAAACACAAGGUAUUAGCCUUAGUGCAAAAGGGAGUGUAUGGGGAAGCAGUUAAAGUGUCUCGAUAUAGUGGCGUAAGCGCAACUGUUAUAAAAGAGCUAAAAAAUCUUUCACCUACGCUAAUCGAUGGAUUGCUUUGUGUCGGCGGACGAUUAAAUUACUCGGAUUAUCCACUCUCAAUCAGACAUCCGGCAAUUUCACCCAGUCAUCACUUCGUAACAGAACUUAUUAUUAGACACCAUCAUCACCUAGAAGGUCACACCGGGACAUCACAAGUGUUAGCUACCAUACCACGAAAUUAUUGGAUUGUUAAAGGAACCAGUGCAGUUAAACGAGUGAUAGGUAGAUGUGUGAGGUGUAUACGCGCGAAGGCCACAUUAGGCCAACAGAUGAUGGCACCUCUCCCCAAGUGUCGAGUGCAGCAAGGCUGGUUUUGCUUCUCCUCCGUCGGGAUAGACUAUUUUGGGCCGUUGAUAGUGCGUCGGAGAAGAAGUGAGGAAAAAAGAUAUGGAUGCCUAUUCACGUGUCUCCAAACACGUGCCGUACAUUUGGAAGUAGCUUUCAAUUUGAGUACUGAUGCUUUUAUAAUGGCUUUAAUACGUUUCAUAGGAAGGAGAGGAACUCCUAAUGAAAUCUAUAGCGACAAUGGAACUAACUUUGUCGGGGCCACUUCCGAAUUACGGGCUAAUAUGAGUGUGUGGAACAAGCAUAGAAUAAACGACUUAACAGUAUCGAAGGGUAUACGCUGGCAUUUCAACCCCCCACUAACUAGCCAUCGGGGCGGAGUUUGGGAGAGGUUAAUACGGUCUGUUCGGGGGAUCUUACUAUUUAUUUCCAACGGGCAAAUAUUACACGAUGAUAGUUUGGCAACUUAUUUUGUGGAGGUAGAACGAAUUUUAAACAACCGCCCAAUCGUUCCUGCGACGUCAGAUGAAAAGGAUGAUUUGGUGCUCACGCCAAACACUUUGUUAUUACUAAGAGACAGUGAUGGUGCGAAUGAGAGGUGUAGUAAGAAGAGAUGUGCGAAAGCUCUGCCUUCUAGAGGGAGCCGAGUAAUUGUGGGUUGUAGCUUAGGUUUAUGGAUGUACAGGCGUACUGUUGUAAGUCCUGUGCCUCCCAUUGAUAUAGAGCAGUUAGUAAGAAGAGCCAUGACAGAAAUGUAUUCUAAGGUGUCUUUGCGUAGCUGGAGGGAUUUUGGGGGCCGGUGUAACGGAAAAAGAACAGUGAAAAUCCCUCUGCAGCUUCUUUGUUGAACAGUAUUUUCAUUUAUUUGUUCCUUCUCUCUUUUGUGUAUUCCAACCUUUGUUUCGACCUCAUUUAACCAUGUCUUUUGUUCUUCAGUCUUCCCCGUUUGAGCCUUUAUUAUGUGACUUUGAUUAAAGAUUUAUUUUUGUUACCUAAUUUUCUAUUGCAUGUUGCCGGACCAUUGACAGUAAGGUUGUGUUUGACUAAGCUCAAGGUCACGGCGUGGUUCAUUUUGUGACUGUUAACCCUCUGACUGUCUGCUUGGGAGAAUUGCUGCAAUCCCUGCAGAUAGAUAUUUGAUCCCAUCUUAUUGGGAAUAUUUGUAUUGAUUCUCAGGUAUCAAACCCUUUAGUAUUAACUGUCUCUUUCAUUGUUUAGCGCGCUACUUAGCGUUAGAGAAACUUCUGACUGUAUAGCACAGGCUGUACCGUUUGAGGUAUUUUGUAUUUUUGAUGUAAUUUGUUCUGUUUUCUUAAUUAGAACCGUUUAUAUUGAGCAC